ACCGGAAGCUCUCGGGCAGCUUCUGGGAGGACCGCAUCCCAGCCCGGCUUCGUUUCGUCCCCAUGACAAACGCAAACGUCAACGCCUAGCCAGAGCGAACAACGCCGGGCGAGCCAACCAUGGACCCCAGGCGAGAGGGUUCUCGGGCAACCAUCCGCCUCCGCCAGGCGGGGGGACGCCGGGAAUUGGUAAUGGUGUGUGUGCUUUGCCGCCAGCCGGCGGGAUUGUCAAAGAGGCACGUCUCGAGCCUACCCGAAUCCAAUCUGUCUGUGCGACGAUCUUGUCAAGACAGGGCGUCCGUUAACUUGGCAGUCUGGGGCACAGGGAGAGGGGGAGAGAGAAGGCAGAGCGAGAAAGAGGACAGCGCAAGAAUCGAGCAGGAGCCGUCGGCCAUUUUCGUCCCAGGCUGCAAGAUCUCAGAGAGACGGAAAGAAAGGGAACGAGAACGGCCGGGAGCGAUCCCACAUCGCAAAGUCAAUCGAUCCAUCUCCAUGGAAAGCACGAUCCAUCUCCAUGGAAGGCGCGGCCCAAGCCCGAGCAGGAAACAUCGGCCGGCGACUUCUGGCAGUUACAGCCCCGCCGGCCCCGCCCAACAUGGCAGCAGCAGUGCGCGUGUUGCGAUCCGUCUGUCGUCCAUGCCGUCGUGCCGUUGCGCGAUCUCUGUCAGGUGGAUCGUGCCCGUGCCCCCCUGUAGCCUGGCAAGCUCGGGAGCUCGCGUACACAGUAGACUCAAGCCGCCGCCCCAGCCCCAGAUCCCACGCUUACCAAGUCGAGAUACGCGAGACCCUGAUUGGCUUGAUUGGCUGCUAUCGUCUUUUCCAUGUCACGGUUGGUCUGGGAAUCGGCUUCGGCUUGCCUCUCGUUUGGGAAAAUCCGGGGCACAGCUUCGGCCCCCUCCCACCAUCUCGACCGUUUGCGUCUUCUGCGUUCUUCCCGCUGCCAACGAACACGAGGUGCGUCAAUUGGAUGCAAUUAUGUGUGUGCGUCUCUGCACAUAAUUACCCGGCAAAUUGAAGCAGUCAACAACCAACUUUGGACUUGGCCUUGGAGUUUGGACGAAGAGGCGUCCGCGCACGCACGCACGCACGCG